GGUGAGAGGAUGUGAAGAUGGCGGAGCUGCAGAUGCUGCUGGAGGAGGAGAUCCCGGGGGGGCGCCGGGCCCUGUUCGACAGCUACACGAACCUCGAGCGGGUGGCCGAGUACUGCGAGACCAACUACAUCCAGUCAGCAGAUAAGCAGCGAGCCCUAGAAGAAACCAAAGCCUACACAACCCAGUCAUUAGCAAGCGUAGCCUAUCUGAUCAACACUUUGGCCAACAAUGUUCUCCAAAUGCUGGAUAUCCAGGCAUCCCAGCUUCGACGCAUGGAAUCUUCAAUCAACCAUAUUUCACAAACGGUGGACAUUCACAAAGAGAAAGUUGCUAGAAGAGAAAUUGGUAUCUUGACUACAAACAAAAACACCUCAAGAACUCACAAAAUCAUUGCACCAGCUAACCUGGAGCGACCAGUUCGCUACAUCAGGAAACCUAUUGAUUAUACAAUUCUAGAUGAUAUUGGACAUGGAGUGAAGGUCAGCACACAGAAUAUGAAGAUGGGUGGGCUGCCUCGUACGACACCACCCACCCAGAAGCCACCAAGUCCACCAAUGUCAGGAAAAGGAACUAUAGGGCGUCACUCUCCCUAUCGCACGUUGGAGCCAGUGCGUCCUCCGGUGGUACCGAACGACUACGUGCCUAGCCCAACGCGCAAUAUGGCUCCCUCGCAGCAGAGCCCUGUUAGAACAGCGUCUGUGAAUCAGAGGAAUCGCACGUACAGCAGCAGCGGGAGCAGUGGAGGAAGCCACCCAAGUAGCCGGAGCAGCAGUCGAGAGAACAGUGGAAGUGGAAGUGUGGGUGUUCCUAUUGCUGUUCCCACCCCGUCUCCUCCCAGUGUCUAUCCAGCCCCUGCUGGCUCGGCUGGCACCUCUCCCCUUCCUGCUACCUCUGCUCCUGCCCCUGCUCCUCCUGCUCCUGCCCCUUCCUCCGCUGCCCCAGAUGCUGCUGCUGCUGCUGCAGGAGCCCAGCCCCUUGCUGAUGGCUUCACCUCUCCAACUCCCCCUGCUGUUUCUUCCACACCCUCUACAGGCCACCCAGUUCAGUUCUACAGCAUGAACAGGCCGGCGUCUCGACACACGCCCCCGACAAUAGGGGGCUCUCUGCCGUAUCGGCGUCCUCCGUCAAUCACGUCACAGGCGAGCCUUCAGAGCCAGAUGAACGGAGGGCCGUUCUAUAACCAGAACCCAGCAUCCCUUGCUCCUCCUCCCCCCUCCAUCCUACAGGUAACUCCACAGUUACCAUUAAUGGGAUUUGUGGCCAGAGUUCAAGAAAACAUUUCAGAUACUCCUCCUCCGCCGCCGCCUGUGGACGAGCCAGUAUUUGAUGAAUCCCCACCUCCACCCCCACCUCCAGAGGAUUAUGAGGAGGAAGAAGCAGCUGUAGUGGAGUACAGCGAUCCCUAUGCUGAAGAGGACCCUCCUUGGGCGCCAAGGACCUACCUAGAAAAGGUGGUGGCAAUUUAUGACUACACGAAGGACAAGGAAGAUGAGCUCUCAUUCCAGGAAGGUGCCAUCAUUUAUGUCAUCAAGAAGAAUGAUGAUGGCUGGUAUGAAGGGGUCAUGAAUGGAGUGACAGGCCUCUUCCCAGGGAACUAUGUGGAGUCCAUCAUGCAUUACUCAGAGUGAACACUAGAGGACCGAGCACUGCAUCUGCUGCUGCAGGAGCUCUCGGGGCUUCCCAGAUCUCCACCAGCCUCUGGGGCCCCAUCCAAAAUAACUGAAUGAAGGAUAGUUGUAACAACCACUCUUUGUUUCUUUUUUUUUUUCCUUCCAUUAUAAAACGAUAGUGAUUUGAGUUGUCGGAACAAAUGGCUCUUCUGGCUGCCAGCAGUGGCUAUCAUGAGCCAUCUGACAGCGAAUUAAGCUGACCCAUUCAGAUGUAACAAACUUGUUGAGUAGCUGAUACUUCACCCAAAUUCUGACUUUUUCUGGCAGGCUCUGGGAUCUGUCUCAGGAAUACUGUAUGCCCUUGUGGUACCACCUUUGGCAGCAGUGCCUGGCGCAUGGGGAUGUCCUGGAUGCUCGUGAUGAGGGGUUACUGGCUGGUGGACAUCCCUCCCUGAUUCUACACUACACUCUUGUGCAGCUGGAAGAACACUCAUGUGCUAGCAAACACGGAUUUGUACACAAGGCUGUUCGUGUAUCCAGCUUCCAGAUAGUUCCUUACAUCUCUAGCAUAAACACGUCCGCAGCUGCUCUGCACACGCAGGCUGACACAGGGGCACACAGAGCUGGCUUGGAUUCAUUCACCUUUCAGUUCAGACAAUUAAGAUGCUGCAGCCCAGAGGACCCUCAUCCCCAUUUCCUCAUCUUUUGAAUGCCACAGGCAUGUUACGAAAGGGUAAAGUCAGCAGCAGCCUGUUGUCCAGAGGUAAGCCUACACCCAGCCACCUGCUGAACACCUACAUGGUGACUCUGCUGAAAUGUGUGCAGUGCAUUUGUUCCUGUUUCUCUUAAAACCUCAGAAAAUCCUACUACUAUUGACUAAUAAGGAAGAACUGUGUACAAAUUCAUUUCCAUUACAGCGCCUUGCUAAAGUGCUGAGAUGUCUGAGAUUUUUUUGUAAAGAACAAGUGCUUCUUUUCACAUUUGAAAAAGUGUCUUUUGCAACUUGCAUGGACAAGUAGUUUCUAUGAAUUCUCUGGAAAUGUCAGUGUCUAACAUGGAUUUUGUCCAUGCACUUUUUUUCUGAAAGCAGAACCCCCUCUCCCCCUUUGGUUUACAGUCAGAGGAGAAGCACUCUGGUGCUUUUGAUUCUGGCACUGCUGAUGCAGUGGAUAUGUGCAGAGCCCACUGUAACGCUGAUGACCAAGCCUGCAGGACUCUGGGGAGCUGUGUGCCGCCAGUAGCGUUUUAUUGUGUGUGCCAUUUGAACCACCUUCCAGUGAGUGCAAAACCCAAUUUUUAAAUUUUUUUAAUUGUACUUGGAAUUAACUGUUGCUGUGUACUAAACCCUCUUGUUACGAGCCCUAAAUAAAAAGAACAAAGCACA